AGGGACGAAGCCACUUCCUUUCUUAACCGCGGCGCCAUGGCGGCCACGGAAUCGAAGAAAAGCUCCAAAGGGACGCCGACGGCUCCGCUCCUUUCUCUGGACCCGGAGCGGCAGCAGGAGUUCCAGGCGAAGGUUCAGAGCGUGCGGAAGGCGGUUAAUGAUAAGGUGACGCCUGGUGUCAUUUAUGUGGGUCACAUCCCAAGGAGUCUUUCUGAAAUACACCUCAGAGAAUAUUUCAAUCAAUUUGGGGCAGUUAAAAGACUUCGUCUUUCAAGGAGUAAAAAGACUGGAGGUAGCAAAGGUUAUGCUUUUGUGGAAUUUGAAUAUGAUGAAGUUGCUAAGAUUGUUGCAGAUACCAUGAACAACUAUCUCUUUGGAGAACGGAUUUUGAAAUGCCAGUUUAUGCCACCUGAAAAAGUGCAUGAAAAACUCUUCAAAGGCUGUGAAAGGACAUUCAGAAAGCCAACGAAUCCAGCAGUAAAACGCUAUAAUCGGGAGCGAACACCCAAAGAGGAAGCAAAGAUGAUGAAGCGGUUGUUAAGGAAGGAAAGACAUCUGCGGGAAAGACUGGCAAAAAAGGUCAUUGAUUAUGAUUUUCCUGGCUUUGCUGCCCAGCUGUCUCCAGAAAAGAAACAAAAGAUGUCAGAACCAACCUCUAGUUUGAAUGCCUCUGUAAACAGUGAGGAUCCAACUCCAGUGUGUACACCCACAUUUCUUGAACGCCGGAAAUCUCAGCCAAAAGAUAGUGAAGAUAACGAAGUAAUUUUAAAACUGCCACCGGAAAGUAAAAAGACUGCUGCACAAAAAAACAAAGCAGCAAAAUUGCAGAAAAAAGCAACCAGAAAAAAGCAGAAAAGCAAGACUUAAGAAGCUCUUUAUCCAAAGGACACUUUUAGUAUCUAUGGGGUUGUGUAGGGGUCCUUAGAAAGAAAAGUCUUACAUAUUUUUCUUAGGUGAUUCCCAUCGGUCUACUUCCAUGUAUGCAUCUCAUCAAUAUGAGCUGCAGUUCCAGAAUUAGACGAAUUGUUUCCAUUUGCUUCUGGCUUGUUGCUAUUUGAUUUUUACCCAAAGUGUACAGUCAGUGUGAAAAAUGCUGCCAUGUACAGUGUGUUUCCGGAAAAGCGUUAUACAAAUAUUCAUAAUUUUAAAAACGGAACAUUAUGGGAGACUGCACUGCAACUUAAGUUCAAAAUAAAAUUUAAAUUGAAUAUAA